CUCUCUUGCGUUUCAGUGCUCUGUUCGGAGAAAGAAUUCCACGAUGCCGCGAAGCGUAAUGACACGGCCAGGAUGGAGGAGCUGAUCCGGAGAGGGGUGGACAUCAAAGCCAAAAACAACAUAGACAGAACUGCUCUGCACUGGGCCGCUGGAGCUGGGCACGAGCAAGCUGUGCGGCUGCUUCUGGCGCACGACAUGGCGCUGGAUGAUGAAGACCAUUUUGGAAUGAACGCACUUCUCCUCGCGGCUUGGUUCGGCCACCUGCGCAUCCUUCAGAUCCUCGUCAAUGCUGGGGCCAAGGUCACCUGUGUCAAUAAGCAUGGCAGGAACCUGCUCCACUGCGCGGCCCAGAGAGGUCACGUCAAGGUGAUGGAGUUCGUCAUGGAGGACCUGGAGAAUGUGCGCGUGGACAAGACGGACAAGACGGACAGGACGGCCUUUCACCUGGCUGCAGAGCACGGGAGGCUGGAGGCGGUGGAGUUCCUGAUCAGAGUGGGGUGUUCCCGCAGCGCGAAAGACAAGGAAAAGAAUACAGCCCUACAUUUAGCUGCUAAAAAUGGGCAUUUGGCGGUGCUACAGAAGAUUGUCGGAGUUGGAGUGGACCUGGAUGAAAAGAACGUGGAAGGACAAACUGCCCUGCACUCGGCUGCCGACGGAGGGCAUUACGACUGCGUAAAGCUCCUCUUGGAAGCUGGUUGCAAUGUUAACGUCCAAACCCAAAAACAGAUGAACUGCCUUCAUUAUGCUGCACUGCACGGCUAUGAAGAUAUAGCCCGGGUCCUUGUGGAUGCUGGAAUCCAUGCAGAGGCCGUCAAUCAUCAAAAUGCCUCAGCUAUGCACAUAGCGGUGCUGCACAACUUCCCAGCCCUGGUUAAACUCCUCAUCGAUGCAGAAUGUGACCUGGACAUCCCAGAUAACAGGCAGCAGACCGCACUGCAUAUUGCUGCAGAACAUGGGAGACAAGACAUAGCUGAGAUGAUUCUCAUAGCAGGCGUUAACUUAAAGCUAAUUGAUAAGCAAGGGAAAACCUCUCUGGAUGUAGCAGCCCGGGGAAACCACAUCAACUUAGCAGAUAUGAUUAUUAAAGCAGAUCGGUUUUACAAAUGGGAAAAGGACAAUCUGAACAGCGACUCGGACUCCUGGAUAGCAAAACACUUGACCUUUAAGCAAGAUCACAGGCUGGAAACGCAGCACAUUCGCUCGGUGAUGUGGAGAUUAGCUACAAAAUACCUCAAACCCAAUGAAUGGAAGAAGCUGGCACAUUACUGGAAAUUCACUGAUGCACAUAUUCGAGCCAUUGAGCAGCAGUGGACAGGUACUAAAAGCUACAGGGAACACGGCCACCGGAUGUUGCUUAUUUGGCUUCAUGGUGUUAUUAUGGCAGGAGAAAAUCCAAUCAAAGGAUUAUACGAAGGCCUGGUUGGUAUUGGUAGAAGAGACUUAGCAGAAAGCAUUAGGAAAAAAGCAAAUGCAGACGCCACUUCUCCAAGGAAGUGUACAGCAAUGUAACCACCGAAUGGGGAUUGUUGGUCCCCUGUAUGAUGCUGCAGCAGAAGACUUUCCUAGAACUAUAUUGAUUGGAACUGGAAUCGUUCUGUUUAUCAAAAGGCAGACAUAACUUAAGGGCUUUUUGUCAUAAUAAAUGGCAUGUCUGCUACUUCCAUCUGAUCAGACAGACAAGGUACAGCAGCAGAUGCUAGUAACCAACUGCCUCUUUCUACAAGGGUGGGGUUGUAUUUGCUGUUGAGCAGAACCUGGUCACUGUAACAGCAGCUCAGUGAACAAAUCUCGUUACAGUGCUAGUAACGUUGAUGCUCAUUUCUACCGUUUAACUUGUUUACAUUGUUUUGUAUGUAGUUUUUUAAUUGUCUCUUUUAUAAGUUAAUGAGGGGAGAUUCCUUUGUUUUUAAACUGUAGCGUAAUGUGUUCUGUAUCCAAACAUCUAGGCUUUCUUGUCCGGAUCACCUGUGGUUUAUUAUCCAUAGGUUGGCUCAGAACUGCUUACCUGCUGGCAUAGGUAUUUUGGGGAAGAGGUAUGUGGACUGUCCUCAAGUGAGCAGAUUUUGGACCUCAGCCUUGAAAGUUUCCCUUUAGCAGGUAUUUGGUGAAGCUACAUCUUAUACAGUUUUGUAGUUGGCUAGAAUCUGUCCUUUUAAAAUCUUCCUCUACAUUUAGGAAAAGGAAAAAAAGAUAUAGCUGUUAAGUCAGUAUUCAGUUUAUUUUUAAAGGCACCCUAGACCUGCAAAGCUCAAGGAAGGGAUAUUUGAAAAGUCAAUCCCCUUUCUUAAAACAUAAGCAGCUGCAUAUUUGCUAAAGGGAAAACCAUCCCCAUGUACACCAAUACAUUAUUGGCUGACAGAUAGCCCUGAGCUAACUGCCAGCAUGUGAGUCUUACUGUUUCAGUACAGAAGAGGUAAUCAUCUGUUGUUCAUACCACCUCUGACAAAGGGCACACUUUCUUAAACAAGAGUUUGUCAUGUGAAGUUUUGUAACUUUUUUAAACAAUGCUGAAGGAAAAAAUAAAGUGUUUUCCAAUAAGCCAGGACACCUUUUCCCUUAAAGCGAGGGUUGUUUUUUUUAAACCUAUUGUUCC